AGGGUUAUUUAAAGAAGGGGGGGCUGAGCGAAGGGGUUGGAAGCGGAGUGAUUCCCCACCCCUGCUCCAUCUAGCUCUUUCCAGUGCAGCCACUGCCGCCGCCCAGGAGCCCUCGUCCCCUUCCUCGUUCCCGCUCCAACGCAAUGGAGCCGGACACCGCUGCAGUGGCAGCCACCGUGGCAGCUGCUGAUGCGACCGCCACAAUCGUGGUCAUAGAGGACGAGCAGCCGGGGCCAUCCACCUCUAAGGAGGAGGGAGCGGCCGCCGCGGCCACCGAAGCCACCGUGGCCACGGAGAAGGGCGAGAAGAAGGAGAAAAAUGUUUCUUCAUUUCAACUCAAACUUGCUGCUAAAGCUUCUAAAUCUGAAAAGGAAAUGGACCCAGAAUAUGAAGAGAAAAUGAAAGCAGACCGAGCAAAGAGAUUUGAAUUUUUAUUAAAGCAAACAGAACUUUUUGCACAUUUCAUUCAACCGUCAGCACAGAAAUCUCCAACAUCUCCUCUGAACAUGAAAUUGGGACGUCCUCGAAUAAAGAAAGAUGACAAGCAGAGCUUAAUUUCUGCUGGAGACUACCGCCAUAGGCGCACGGAACAAGAAGAAGAUGAAGAGCUACUCUCAGAGAGUCGGAAAACAUCUAAUGUGUGUGUUAGAUUUGAGGUGUCACCUUCAUAUGUGAAAGGAGGACCAUUGAGAGAUUAUCAGAUUCGAGGGCUGAACUGGUUGAUCUCUUUGUAUGAAAAUGGAGUCAAUGGUAUCUUGGCAGAUGAAAUGGGUCUUGGUAAGACUUUACAAACGAUUGCUUUGCUUGGUUACCUGAAACAUUACCGAAACAUUCCAGGACCUCACAUGGUUUUAGUUCCAAAGUCUACUCUAUAUAACUGGAUGAAUGAAUUUAAACGAUGGGUCCCAUCUCUCCGUGUUAUUUGUUUCGUCGGAGACAAGGAUGCAAGAGCUGCUUUUAUUCGUGAUGAAAUGAUGCCAGGAGAAUGGGAUGUUUGUGUUACUUCUUAUGAGAUGGUAAUUAAAGAAAAAUCUGUAUUUAAAAAGUUUCAUUGGCGUUACCUAGUCAUUGAUGAGGCUCACAGAAUAAAGAAUGAAAAAUCUAAGCUUUCAGAGAUUGUUCGUGAGUUCAAGUCAACUAACCGCUUGCUCCUAACUGGAACACCUUUGCAGAAUAACCUGCAUGAACUCUGGGCAUUACUCAACUUUUUAUUGCCGGAUGUCUUUAAUUCUGCAGAUGACUUUGAUUCUUGGUUUGACACUAAAAACUGUCUUGGUGAUCAAAAACUUGUGGAAAGACUUCAUGCAGUUUUAAAACCAUUUUUGUUACGUCGUAUAAAAACUGAUGUAGAGAAGAGCCUACCUCCUAAAAAGGAAAUAAAGAUUUACUUGGGACUGAGUAAGAUGCAGCGAGAAUGGUAUACAAAAAUACUGAUGAAAGAUAUUGAUGUGUUAAACUCUGCUGGCAAGAUGGACAAGAUGCGACUCUUAAACAUUCUGAUGCAGCUUCGAAAGUGUUGUAAUCAUCCUUACCUGUUUGAUGGUGCUGAACCUGGCCCACCUUAUACCACUGAUGAGCACAUUGUCAGCAAUAGUGGUAAAAUGGUAGUUCUUGAUAAACUCUUGGCCAAACUGAAAGAACAGGGUUCAAGGGUUCUCAUUUUUAGCCAGAUGACUCGCUUGCUGGACAUUCUGGAGGAUUAUUGUAUGUGGCGUGGUUAUGAGUACUGUCGACUGGAUGGACAAACCCCACAUGAAGAAAGAGAGGAUAAAUUCCUAGAAGUGGAAUUACUGGGUCAAAGGGAAGCAAUAGAGGCCUUUAAUGUUCCUAAUAGUAGCAAAUUCAUCUUUAUGCUGAGUACCAGAGCUGGGGGUCUCGGAAUUAACUUGGCAAGUGCUGAUGUGGUUAUACUAUAUGAUUCAGACUGGAAUCCACAGGUUGAUCUACAAGCUAUGGAUCGAGCACAUCGUAUUGGUCAGAAGAAGCCAGUACGUGUGUUCCGUCUCAUCACUGACAACACUGUUGAAGAAAGGAUUGUAGAAAGAGCAGAGAUAAAACUGAGACUUGACUCAAUUGUUAUACAACAAGGAAGACUCAUUGACCAACAGUCUAAUAAGCUGGCAAAAGAGGAAAUGUUGCAAAUGAUACGUCAUGGAGCCACCCAUGUUUUUGCUUCUAAAGAAAGUGAGCUGACAGAUGAAGAUAUUACAACUCUCCUAGAAAGAGGGGAAAAGAAGACUGCAGAGAUGAAUGAACGCUUGCAGAAAAUGGGAGAAUCUUCUCUGAGAAAUUUUAGAAUGGACACUGAACAAAGUUUGUACAAGUUUGAAGGAGAAGAUUAUAGAGAAAAACAGAAGCUUGGGAUGGUGGAAUGGAUCGAACCUCCUAAACGAGAACGCAAAGCAAACUACGCAGUGGAUGCCUACUUUAGAGAGGCUUUACGUGUCAGUGAGCCAAAGGUUCCAAAGGCUCCCCGACCUCCAAAGCAGCCAAAUGUUCAGGAUUUUCAGUUUUUCCCACCACGUUUGUUUGAGCUCCUGGAAAAGGAAAUUCUUUAUUACAGGAAGACAAUAGGCUAUAAGGUCCCAAGGAAUCCUGAUAUCCCCAAUCCAGCUGUGGCUCAAAGAGAGGAGCAAAAAAAGAUUGAUGGAGCUGAACCUCUUACACCAGAAGAGACUGAAGAAAAAGAAAAACUUCUCACACAAGGAUUCACAAACUGGACUAAGCGAGAUUUUAACCAGUUUAUUAAAGCUAAUGAGAAGUAUGGAAGAGAUGACAUUGAUAAUAUAGCUCGAGAGGUGGAGGGCAAAUCACCUGAAGAGGUCAUGGAGUAUUCAGCUGUCUUUUGGGAACGUUGCAAUGAAUUACAAGACAUUGAGAAAAUUAUGGCUCAGAUUGAACGUGGAGAAGCAAGAAUUCAACGAAGGAUCAGUAUCAAGAAAGCCCUGGAUGCCAAAAUUGCAAGAUACAAGGCUCCAUUUCAUCAGUUACGUAUUCAGUAUGGAACCAGCAAAGGAAAGAACUAUACUGAGGAAGAAGAUAGAUUCUUGAUUUGUAUGUUACACAAAAUGGGCUUUGACAGAGAAAACGUGUAUGAAGAAUUAAGACAGUGUGUACGGAAUGCUCCUCAGUUUAGAUUUGACUGGUUUAUCAAGUCUAGAACUGCCAUGGAAUUCCAGAGACGCUGUAAUACUCUGAUUUCAUUGAUUGAGAAAGAAAAUAUGGAAAUUGAGGAAAGAGAGAGAGCAGAAAAGAAGAAACGGGCAACUAAAACUCCAAUGGUAAAAUUUUCAGCAUUUUCCUAACUUUUAGAAAAAGAAAAGAAACGAAAAAGAGAAAAAAAAAAGAAAAAAAGAAAAUUGAACAGAUGGACCAUCGAACAGACUGAAAUACGACUGAAAUUACUUCGUUUUCCCCUAGAAGUCAAACUAUGGAGCGCUUUAUAGUCCAUAAACUAAGCAGGUGGAAAGACCUGUGUUCCUGAAGAGCCAGUUUGACCCAGUUGGGCAGGGCUUAGUGUAACUGUUUCAUUCUCCACUAGAUGGCGCUGCUUAGCUUACUGGCGGGGAUUGUUGCGGCACUUGUAGGUGUGUAUGCGCAUGCAUGGGCGGGGCAAAAAUGGUGUCACCCUGCUAUCCAUUCUCCAGUAUUGGAACUCUGUGCUCUCCCUGGCCAGCAAUUGCACACCUAUCCUUUGUCUCCGGCUUCCAUCCACUCCCUUCUUUUACACUGUCCGUGGCCAAGCCCCAGGCGGUACCUCCCUCCUGAGUUUUAUCUCAGAUGCGGCUGUGUUUCCAGACCCCUUACUUCUGAGGGACUGUGGCUCUGACCCAGUCUGCCCCUCUGCAGGAGAGUCUCACCAAGCAAUGGCCAGGUGCCGGCUGCAUCCAGGAACGUUCGCAGGACCGGGCUGCUGCUGACACCCAGAGACUGUGGCUGGGUGCCAGCCUGCCCCAGAAAAAGUUCACGUGAUUGUGCAGCAGCAGCAUUUCAGGGAUUAUGGCAAAUCACAACAUGGCAUCUGGCACCAGGUUUCACUCCCAACAACCUUGUUCCAGCACCAGCGAAUGUGGUUGUUCUCCCGGGUCCACUGAGGCCUUUGCCUGUGGGGGGGCCACACAGCCUCUACCAGAUGUCCUCCCAGUAGGGGAACCGCCUCUUCCCAUGUGGCCUGAAGACCUCCAGACUUCACUCUGCUCCUGGGGAUUCGCCCUUCCCACCAGAGCACUGCCAGGUAUCGAGCUGUGGAGUUUCAGACUCUGUGCUCCCCCUUAUAGAGUCUUAAUGGAAUUUAAACCCUCUCCUUUCUCCCUUUUCAGUCCUUGUGGCUGUUUCCACUUUUCCACUUUCUCUCCAGCUGCUUUGGGCGGGUGCUUUUCCCGUAUUCUCCUCCCUCCCCCCCCCCCACCUCGUUUCCAUCCUCUCUCCGCAUGCUAAAACAGCUCCCUGCCUUACUUGGCUUCUUUUUCCCCCAGUUUAUCUCUCUGCGCCAUGUACCUGCUGAGUUCUGUGGUUCAGGUUGUACAGAUUGUUGUGUUAAUCCUCAAAUCAGUUAUCUAGGUGUGCAGGAUGGUUUAGUGUUGAUCUGGCUGUAUUUCAUAGAUUUGAGACACAAAAAAAUCUUCCAUGCUGUUCCACCAUUUGUCUCCUCCCCAUAAGAGUUCUUUUUAUAAUCUGGAUACAUAUCUUUAUUCAAUAUAUGAUUUGUAGAUAUUUGCACUCAUUCUGUUCUCUUUUCCACUUUUCUUUCAUGGUGCCCUUUGAAGCACAAAUGUUUUAAAUUUUGUUGAAGUCCAGAUUAUCUGUUUUUGUUUUUGGUCAUGUUUUUAGUGUCGUAUCUAAGAAUCCUUUGUAAAAUCUGAGGUAAUGAAGAUUUACUUCUGUGUUUCCUAAGAGUUUUAUAGUUUUAGCUCUUACAUUAGGUCUGAUCCAUUUUGAGUUAAUUUUGUGUAAGAUGUGACGUGUAAGACGUGAGGUGUGGGUUCAACUUCAUUCUUUUGCAUGUGACUAUCCUGCUGUCCCAGCAUCAUUUAUUGAAAAGAAUUUUUUCCCAACUGAAUGGUCUUAGCACCCUUAUCAAAAAUCAGUUGAUCCUAGACACAUGGUUUUAAUUUUGGACUCAUGAUUCUAUUCUUCUGAUCUAUGCCAAUCCUGUGCCACUACCAUACUAUUCUAAUUACUGUUGUUUUUAGUAAAGUUUUGAAAUCAGGAAGUGUGAGUCUUCCUACUUUGUUCUUUGCAAUUCCAUAUUAAAGUUAUAAUCAGCUUGUAAAUUUCUACAAAAGUCAGCUGGAAUUCUGAUAGGAAUUAUGUUGAAUCUGCAGAUUAAUUUGGGGAAUAUUGCCAUCUUAAUGAUAUGAAAUCUUCCAAUCCGUGAAUAUGGGAAGUUUUCCAAUUUAUUUAGAACUUUAAUAUCCUUCAACAAUGCUUUGUAGUUUUCAUCAUAUGAGUUUUUCACUUUUAAAAUUUGUUCCUAAGUAUGUUAUUCUUUUUGAUGCAAUUGUAAAUAUCCUUGUUUUCUUAAUUUCAUUUUUUAUUGUUCAUUGCAAGUGUAUAGAAAUACAAUAGAUUUUUGUAUAUUGAUCUUGUAUUCUGUAAUCUUGCUGAACAUGUUUAUUAGGUAUAAUAGAUUUUUAGUGGAUUCCUUAGUGUUUUCUAAAUAUAAGAUCACAUUUUAUGCAAAUAGAGGUAGUUGUACUUCUUCCUUUCCAAUACGGAUGAGAUUUAUUUCUCUUUUUCUUGCUUGAUUGCCUAGGCUAGAACCAUCAGUACAAUGUUGAAUAGAAUUGGUGAAAGUGAGCAUACUUAUCUUGUUCCUGACCUGAGAGGGAAAGCCUUCAGUCUUUUACCAUUGAGUAUUAUGUUCACCAUGGGUUUUGAAGCUCUUCUUUAACUUGUCUUAAUUUAUCUUUAUAACUUUUCCCCCACUACAAAUCUUGGCAUGCCUGGUUGCCCAACUCUACAAUCCUAACCUUAUUCACAAAGACCUGGUUGUCUAAAUAAUCUGGAUAUUUUUUAUCCUUUUAUUUACAUGCACUAUUUAUUUUUGCCUCUGUACCCAUUGCUCAUAUAGUUACAAAGAAUUCCCUAUUUCCUCCAACAAUCUAGCUCAUAUACUUCCUUGGGAUAAAGCUCAAUUUCCCAGAUCAUUGCACCACCACCUCUUCAACAGAUACAAGUAGACACACAUACACAUGGAGACACACAUACACACAUCAUGUGAUUCCCUGACUCCUCACUUCCCUGGGUACUUGAAGCUAAUUUACAUUUUGUUUCAGCUCAUACCACUUUGUGAAUGUUCUUUUGUUAUUUCAGAUAUCUUUGUCUUGGCUCCACCAACUGCACUGUAGAUAUCUAUCCAGAAUAAGGAGCUGGAACCCUGUAUUUUAAUAUUAUCCAUGACACAGUGUAACACAAAGGCUCAUAGGAACAAGAAGUGCUCCAUAAAAGCUGACUGACCAGUCAAUUUUGCUCUCAGAAGGACCUCUAGUUCCUUGUAGGACACUAUGAAAAUCAGAGACUGCCUAGAUGCCACUCAUACCUCUGUCAGUGCCUCAUUUCUAUUUCCAAUCCAUUUCUCUUCUCCUUAUAUUGGCUGAUUUUCAGAGGGAGAUAAUUGGCUCCAUCAAUUUUUAUAGCUUAAUGAAAGUCUCAGCCAUGUUUACCUGCUUUCCUUCCAGGGUAAAUGCAUCACAAGCCAAAGCAAAGUCAUCCCCAUAGCCCUUGUUUAGAAAAUGUGUGAUUUUCAUAUUGUCUCCAUUAAAGCAAUAUAGUCUACUAGCUAUGACCUCAAACAUGACCUUCUUUAGAAAUGAGUGCCUCUUAGCAUGAAAUAUUUAUUCUUAAGGCUAGACCCAUGCUGGGGUUUGAAGGUUUGUAACAAAGUUCCCAGAUUCCUGAGCACAUUGCCUGCUGUUGUUUUCUUUGUUGUGGCAUUUGCCUGUUUUUGUGUGUGUGUGCUUUACUGCAACUAAAAUAUUGACAUCUCCCUGCCCUACCCCAUUAACUAUGGAAAAUGCCAUAGAAUGGAAAUCUUUUGCAAUAAGCAUACCACAGACAUCAGAGUGUAGGGCUUGGUCUUGCUGUCUUAACAGCUAAAGAGGCUGGCUGCAUACCAGUUUUAGGAGAAAAAUGGUUUUUAUUAGGUACUUGCUGAGCAUAUAGCCUGAGUCAGGCGUGGGGGGAUAGGCAAGCAAAUACAUUGAUGCUGCUUUACAGCAGUUUACAGUCUCAAUGGGGUGAUAAGACUAACAUACCUCAAAGAGAGAACUAUUAAGUUAGAGAGUGUGUGAUAAUUGCUAAAACAAGGGGAGAGGAACAUACUGUCAGAGUGACUUGGAGUCAGUGAAGACUUUUGAAAGAAGUUGAACCCUUAAGUUUGACUUGGAAAGAUUUUGAUGGAGAGAAGAGUGAGAGGGAUGCAAAGAAACUAACAUAGGGUUGACGAUAUAAAGAGGCUGACUAAGAGGUUUGAAGAUCCAUAUCAGGGACCAUUUGGAGAUAAUAUCAGUAAAAUAAGUGUAGAUUGGAGUGUAUCUUGAGUGGAUAGAAUUACAGAAUAUCAGAGCUGGAAAAUCUAAUAUUGCUAAUAGCUAAUAUUGCUAAUAUUCAAGCUGGAGCUGGAAUUCCUAGUCCAGUGUGUAGUUCCUAUAGUUUUCAUUAGAUUUUUUUUAAUCCAUGGAGUUUUCUUUUCUUCAAAUGGAAUCUUAUAUAAAGAAUCCCAAUACAUAAAUAUACAAAAGCAAAAAUACUUUGGUUGCUUUUGGGUGAGAUCAAGAUGAACCCAAUUCCUACAUUUUAAGAGUGAGACAACUGAGAUACAGGGACAGAAAAUGACCUCCGUGUCAUUAAAUCCAGUGGACAUUUCUCAGUGCACAUCUUGCUUGGCUUCUUAGCAGCAUACUACAUUGUUAACCACUCCCCUUUACUCAACAUACUACACUCCUUUCUUAUUCUUCUAUGAUACAGCUUUUCUGAUUUUCCUCUUACUUCCUGACCUUUUCUUUUCCAUCUCAUUUGAGUGCUUAUUCUCCUACAUUUAGACUUCAAAUGUUGGAUUUCUUAGGACUUGAACAUCAGCCCUUUCUACUUAUUGUCCUACAUUCUCUGCCUAGGCAAUCUUAUUUGAUGGCUUUAAGUCUAAUCUAAAUGAUGGCAACACUCAAGUUAUACUUCCAUCCCCUGCUUCUCCUCAAUUACUGAUUAGGUAUCUCUAUAGGGAUAUACCACAUGUGCUGUAAACUCAAAAUUUCUGAAACUAAACUCCUCUGUCCCUCUCUACAGUCCUUAAAGUUCAUAUCUUCUCCUGUGUGUUCUUUAUCUCAGUGAAUGGCAUCACCAACCACCCAGUUUCUUAUCCCCUAAACCAAAGACUCAUCCUUAACACUUUUUUUCUCCUCUCUUACUUUUCAAUCAUCAAGUCCUGUUCAUCUUAUGUCCUUAAUAUCUCGUGAAUCUCUCCACUCUUCUUCAUUUCCUUCAGUGCACCAGACUACCACUCCCCUCCAGGCCACCUGUAUUUCUCUGUUGACCUACUACAAUAACUCCAUUGUCUCCCUGCAUCUACUCUUUCCCUAUCUGCCAAUCCUUUCUCUACAUUACAACUGAAGUGUACUUUUAAAGCAUAAAUAUGAUGUCAUUUCCCUGCUCAAAAGCCUUCAGUGGUUUCCCAGUGCCUAAGGAAAAUGUAUAAAUUUAUUACACAUUUUAGAAAACCCUUUAUGACCUGGCAUCUGUCCACUUGCUCAAUUUCAUUUUUGUUUGCCAUACUUCUUUCUCUUUUACAAUGAUAGCCUCACAGUUUUGGACUGUUUUAUGGGUUUCUACUGACUAGAACUAUAAUCUGCCCACAUCCUGCCAGACCAACUUAUCCUUCUGGUUUCAGGUGAAAUUUCACCACCAGUGGAAAGUCUUCCUAACUCCACUCCCACUCCCAAGUCCAGGAAAAAUGUCCCUUCAUUGUAGUCUCAUGGUAACUUGAGAGGAUAACCUUUCACAGAACGUAUCACACAUUAUUAUAAUUGCUGCUUUAAUUGUGUAUCUCCUUAAUUAUCCCAUAAGCUCAGUGAAGGCGAGGUCCAUCUUGACUACAAAUGUAUCCUCAGUGUGUAGCAUGGUGCCUAAAAUGUAGUAGGUUCUUUAGAAAUAUCUGCUGAAUGAAUACAUGAAUGAACGAAUCACACCAUUCAUCAAAGCUUCUACCACCUUUCAAAAAGCUUAACAAAAUGUAAUGACAAUGCUAAGCUUGGCUAUAAUUUCCCCAUUUUAAUUUGUUAUUUGAUUUCUUCUUAAAGGGAUACACUUUUAGAUCUUGGAAAAUCUUUGCAAAUGCCAAGGGCAUGAUUUGUAUGAUGAUUAGAUAUUUGGUCAAGAUGAUUGUGGCUGAAAAUCUUUCCAGUUACCCUGUGGGGAGGGCCUUCCUUUUGACUUAUAAUUAUGGUUACCUAACUUUUGCAAAGAUUCGCUGGGGAAAUUAAAAAAACAAAAGAUAAUUAAAAAAUAGGAGAUGGCACAUUAAACUAACAUAGCCAACUAAGGCACGGGCUCUCUCCCUUUUCAGCUAUUUGUCAUUUAUGAACCUCAAGGUAUUUUGCUGACAAGGGGCUAUUUUCUAUAUGUUAUGGGCAUGCUGACAGGAGGCUAGAACACAGGAAGACACAGAAGAGAAAUGAGAGACCAUUAAAGGCCAAUUCAGCAAGUGAACAUUUCAACCUCAUGAACUUCUAAAUUCUGUGAAUUUCAUUUUUAAUGAAGAGGGGGAGCCAAUUUCAAGCCCUGGGGAAAGAAUCUUGCCUUUUCAAUUGCCAGGCAGGUCAGCAGGGUUGCAGGGCAGCUUUCUAGAAAGGCCUCUGUGGCCUCAGUUCCAAAUCUUAGACAACAGCUGUUGGCUGAAAGAUCUUCUUGGAUUCCUGAGCCUGUGGUCUAUAGUGAAGAAAUCAUACCAUGGCUGACAAAGAAGUGAGCUCUACCUCCAGCUUUUCAUAGAAAGGUAGAUUGAAUGCUCCAACUCAUUCCAGAUGCUCUGUCUUCAAAGCUCUUACCUAAUACCCAGGGUAGCCCGCUGCCCUUUAAAAGACAAAAAUCAGCCUCCACUCUGAUUAAACAACACGUGAGUUGAGCACUAGAUGCUUCAUGAUGCCAGACUGAACAGCUUGGAAAUGGGAGAGCCUGCCUGUCUCUGAUGGUUCCCCUCAAGCUAUCUGUUCCCAAGAGAUUUUCCAUUUAGAUAAAUAAAAAAUAAUACCAAAGAGGGAGAAAUUAUGCAUUUUGUGGCACCAGAAAGUCAUCAGAUAGGUUCAGAGAAAGUAUUUUUGGAAACACUAAGGAAAUGGUCGUAAGCACUUUGGCUUUUAUAGACAUUCUGAGUCUUCUAGGACACCAGCACCCUUAUAAUCACUUCUGUUGUCCAUAGCUCCUAACUUUACCUAAAGCUGACUCUCCUCAGAAGUGCCCUAACUCUGAGUAAUUUGUUACCCAAAGCAUUAGAGAGCUAAUUCACUCAAAUCCUCCAUUGCACUUAAAAACUUCCCUAUCCUAUUAUCUUGAGUAGGGGACUGUAUUAACUUCCUAGGGCUGUUGUAGCAGAGUACAAUGAACUGGGGGGCUUGGAACGACAGUUCUCAGUUCUGGAGGCCAUAAAUCUGAAAAUAAGGUGUCAGCAUGUCCAUGCUUCUUUUUAUUUUUUUAAAUGUUUAUUUUGUUUUUGAGAGAGAGAGAGAGCAUGAGGAGGGGGGGGGGCAGAAAGAGACAGAGACACAGAAUUCAAAGCAGGCUCCAGGCUCUGAGCUGUCAACACAGACCCUGACACGGGGCUUGAACUCAUAAACCGGGGGAUCAUGGGCUGAGCCAACAUCAGAUGCUUAACUGACUGAGCCACCCAGGCACCCCCUGAAUUGUUGAGUAAUUUGAAAGAAAUUAUAAAUAAUGCAUGUAAUAUAUGAAUACGUUCAAUAAAAAUAUUAUUUAUCAUCUCUUUGUUAUGCAUUUUUUCCACCUCUUUUUUAUGGAAGCAACCAUUAUUAUCAGUUUGGUUGUAUACUUCCAGAACUUUUUCUGUUCAUUUACAUGUCAAUAUAGUUUUCUUGAAGCUUUGAUAGAAUAUGUCAGUAAAACCACUGGAACUUUUUUGGGGGGGGAUUAGAAAAUUUUGGCUACUAAUAAAAUUUCUUCUGUAGUUUUUGGUUUAUUCAA